UCGUUCGGUAGGCUAGGCUACUGCUCCGGUCGGUUGGAUUGCUGGAGAGAGGCGAGGCGCACGGUGAAAGCAGCUGGCGACAGAGAAGAUGGACGGGAGAAGCGAGUUCCUUUGCGGGGUUGUGGAAGGGUUCUAUGGGAGGCCCUGGUCUAUGGAGCAGAGGAAGGUCCUUUUCCAGUGGAUGCAGAGGUGGGAGUUGAACACCUAUCUGUACGGUCCUAAAGAUGAUCUGAAACACAGACUACUCUGGAGAGAGGUCUACUCCCCUGAAGAGGAGGGUCAGUUGCGUACUUUGAUAGUAGAGUCAGAGAAGAGAGGUCUGAGGUUUGUGUACUCUCUCUCUCCUGGUCAAGACAUUGUCUUCUCUUCUUCCUGCGACCUCUCCCUGCUUAAACGCAAGCUACGACAGGUGUCAAAGUUGGGUUGCCAGGCAUUUGCGAUCCUUUUUGAUGACAUCGACCACUCCCUGUGUCAGGCUGACAGUCAAGCCUUCUCCUCAUUCGCUCACGCCCAGGUUUCAGUUGCCAAUGAGAUCUACCGAUUCCUGGGAGAGCCGCCCGUCUUCCUGUUUUGUCCAACAGAGUACUGUGGAUCUCUAUGUUCUCCCAGUGUAUCUAAGUCUCCAUAUUUGAUGACUGUUGGAGAGGACCUGCUGCCUAACAUCUCUAUCAUAUGGACCGGUAGUAAGGUAAUCUCUAGAGAGCUGAGUGUAGAGGGUCUGUCUGAAGUACAGUCUGUCCUACAGCGCCCUCCUCUGGUGUGGGACAACCUGCACGCAAAUGACUACGACUCCAGACGUCUCUUCCUGGGUCCCUUCAAGGGUCGCUACCCCCAGCUUGCCACCCAACUCCGGGGCUUGCUGCUUAACCCCAACUGCGAGUUCGAGGCCAACUACAUACCCCUGCACACGCUGGGGACUUGGUACCGCACUGGGAGGGAGGAGAAGAAGGAUGAGGAGUACCAGUACUGUCCAGAGAUGGCGCUGUCUACUGCACUGCACGACUGGAUGGGAGAGCUCAGCCAACCACUGCAGCCAGGUCGCCAGAGCAGACAGGCAGACCAGAGGUCAUCGGUUCAAAAGUCGGGGACCCUAGAGAGUGAAAACUGUCACCCCACCACCAGAGAAGGUCGCCCCAAACCCCCUAGAGAACCUCCGCAGGGGGACAGCCCUCCCCCCUCCAGCCCUGAGGGAGAGGAAGGGGUGUGGAGGGGGGAGAAAGAAGGAAGGAGUGAGGCAGGAGACAGAGAGGAGAGAGAGAAGAAACUCCACAACAACCAGUUCCAACAAGGGCCAGGCCAGCCAAUGGGUCCAGGGGGGGUGCUGUGUGUUGGGAAGGCUCCUCUAAGCGAGUCCCAAAUCCGGCUGCUGGUAGGUCUCCACUACCUUCCCCAUGAGCACGGCCCGUCAGCCCAGAGACUGUUACAGGACCUCACCUGGCUCAAAGAACACUGCCACCUGGUCAGCGCUAAUGACAAGAAGGGGCCGCCGCAGAAGGCGGAGGAGUGGCGUGGCCGAGCGGCCGGGUUCCUAGGUGUGUGUGAGGAGAUUGCAGCGCUGCACAGUAGUGUAGUGAGUGGAGUGAGCAAGGCCGUGCUGUAUGACCUUUACCCUUACGUAUGGGACCUCAGAAACACUGCACUGGUGGCCAAGGCCUUCAUCUGCUGGCUCGAUGGGCGUGUGUUGAGUGACAGCUCUCCGUUGGGUUCCUGGAGGAACUGCUUCCACUGGUGCGGGACGACCACGGGGGCAGAGUUACUGGGGGUGGAGUCAGAACCCUGGGUGUUCAAAGGGGGAGUGUCCGGAGAGUUGCAGAUGCUUCUCCCUAUAGGUAGUAACAGUGAACUGUUCAGCCACCCUCCUCCUCUCUUCCCCACCUCACGACUCUACAACAUACGACCCUACCACAACAAGGACAAGGUGGAGCUGUAUUGUAUGGUGCGCCAGCUUCAACAGAGAGCCCAGGGGAGCCCUGAUUCCAGCCCAGCACAUCCUGACCUCAUUGGAGACAGGUGUCUGGGGCCCUGCCUGGCUUUGUGUCCUGAGUACAGCAUGGUGCUGGAGGAUGAGCUGGGUGUGUGUGGGUGUGUGUUGGGCGUUGUAGAUGUUCGUUCCUUCGCCAAGCGCUGCCAGGCCUGCUGGAUGCCCGCCAUGAGAGAUAAAUACCCACCUCGCACCGGACAUGCCAACUCACAGGAGGUGUUGCAGCAGAUAGAGGAGGACCAAGGGGAAUACCCAGACUCUCUUCUCUACCACUUUCCCUCCCAGCUCCGUCUGGACGCUUUGCCUGACCUGGUGGACGUCAGUGUGACCCGCUGCCUGCUAACCGCACUCCUCACUGCACUUAAAGCCAAUGGUGCUCAUGGUGUGUUCUGUGAGGUGCAGCCUACAGAUCGCAUGAGGCUGGACUUCCUGACUAAACUAGGCUUCUUGGAGAUCAUCAGAGGAGAGGCACGACACAGAGAGGGAGUGGUACUGGGCAGGCUGCUCUGAACACACACACAUGCAUACACGCUCACACACACACAGAAAUGUACACACAAGAGCUGUAAUGGUURACCAAACCCAGGGUUCGGUAUGUAUUGCAGUUUUGAGGUCACAGUUCGGUUACGGUGCAGCGGGAAAAUGAAAUGCCAACAGUUAGCCUAUUCUAGUUACUUUUUGUUUAUUUAAGAAAAUACAAGGUGUUGGUAUUCCUGAUUGGGAAAACACACGAAUACUCAUCAAAACUACAUUUAAAAUAAAGUGCAAUAUGCGUGUGAAAUCAAUGUGUAAAAAUGGCUCAGACAUUGUAUAGGCCUAUGCUGAUAAUGUUUUUCUUACAAAGAGAAAAAGAUGUGCACUUGUGUGACUCUCAUAAAGAGAGCAUGUCUGUAGCACAGUACUUCUCAUCUCCCACUCCGAGGUAAUGUGAUGGGCUGUCACUGUGUAUUCAAUAGGGUCUUGGUUGAAAAUCMACCAACCUCAGAAUUCCCACUUCCUGUUUAGAUU